UUGGUCCUGACAGUCCUGACUGGUCCCUGGUUUAACGUUUUUGAGUGAUAAGAUAAGAGUUCAAUAGUAUGUAUCGUUCCGGGAAAUAGUGUCUCCUCUUUCUAACCGCAAAUGUACUGUGCACUAAUGUUUUCCAAAUGUUUUCAUAGUGUUACAAGUAGGUUUAUUGGACCGUUGAAACGUUCGAAUUUCAACACAUCUCUGUCAGAUGAUUCACCCAUGAAAAUCUUUGAUCGAACAACCAAAUUUUAUCAGAAGGAGAGAGCUGCUCAGGAUGAAAACAUCAAUAUCUAUGAUUACUUGAAGGAUGAAGUAGGGUACAGACUUUGUGAUCGCAUAUUUGACAUCAACAGGAAAUUCAAGACAGUGAUCGAUCUUGGUUGUGGCCGAGGUCAUGUGUCCAAACACAUGGAUGCCGAAGCUGUCGAGGAAGUUUUUCUGUGCGAGUCUAGUCCAACGCUUCUCAGUCAAGCUGCUACACCUGAAACAGCUGUCAAAGUAACAAGAGUACUAGUUGAUGAAGAGAACCUUCCUUUUGCAUCAAAUUCUGUUGACUUGGUAGUCAGUAGUUUAUCUCUAAGUUGGGUAAAUAAUUUACCAGGAACUUUUUGUCAAAUAAUUGACUGUUUAAAGAAUGAUGGCGUUUUCAUCGCUGCAUUUUUUGGCGGAGAUACUCUGUAUGAGUUAAGGUCGUCUCUCCAGUUAGCAGAUCUUGAGAGAAAUGGUGGAGUUUCGCCUCACAUUUCUCCAUUCGUCAAAGUACAAGACAUUGGGAGUUUGCUGAACAGAGCCGGUUUCACAAUGCUCACAAUCGACACAGAUGAAAUUGUCGUUGGAUAUCCUUCAAUGUUCGAACUAAUGCAAGAUUUAAAAGGAAUGGGUGAGAGUAAUGCAGCCAGAAGACGGAAUCUACAUCUAAGCCGAAACACAAUGCUUGCCGCAGCAAGCAUUUACGAAACUCUCUACGGUAACGAAGGCAAAAUUCAAGCAACCUUUCAAUUAAUAUUUUUGAUUGGAUGGAAACCGGAUGCAUCGCAGCCCAAACCACUACAGCGAGGAUCGUACGAAUUUUCUCUGAAAGAUUUGCAUAAAAUAGAUGAAAUAGCUCACAGAAAAGGCAUUGUAAAAGAUUCAUUAGACAAAAAACUGCCUUGAGAAUCAUAUUACACCGAAAAAAAUGAUAUUGCUGAUUUAUUUUGUAAUUUUUCUUUUGGUUUUGUAAAACUUUUUCUCAACUUUUUCCACAGAAGCGAUUAACCUCUAUCAGUGCGGUUGUAUCAGUAGCAUAGUAGCUACUAGGCUGAGGCAAAGAAAUACAAGACUGAAAGUAAUAUCAAGACUGAAACUUAGCAAAGGCUACUUACUGUAUACCGAAUUGGUUGGUUUUACCACUGCUCGUAAUUUUAUUCUUGAAGGAGCAAUGUAUGAUGUCACCCUAAAAGCACAAUGAAGUUCAAAAACCUAGGUAUCAAAGAUAGCGGAAUUAAGUCUCAUGCCUGAAAUUUUAUUAGGUACAUGCAACAUUAAGUAAUACUCAAAAGUUUUACCUCCAAUGGGCAAGAUCAGAUUUUUUCAAAUAGAUUGUGCUAUGAAUCGAGUAUGGUACGAGUCAAUGUUAUUCCGUCUUUGUAUUUAAAGUAGUUGCCUUUUAAUGAUUGAGGACAACAACUUUGUAUGGUGUUAAACAGAGUUUUUACUGAGAACACAUACUAAGAUUUUUAAUGAUCUACAGUUUGUUUACAGUUUGAAAUUGAGUAUACUGCCUUUUAAGAUUGGUGCUACCACUUUUUUAACCGUUCCAGUCCCCCACCUAUUUGCAGACUAGAGAGAUCAAAAUGUGCAUUCUAACGUAAUUCCCCAGUAGAGUCCACACCAAGAGCAUUGUAGCCUUUCUGUAGAACCUUUCAUAUUAUGGUCGAGAAAAGUGUGGAGGUCACAUUCUAGAGCAAAAAUCCUACCUGUUCAUCAUACUUGGAUUGCAUUUUGCAACUAGGAACCAAGGGCACCCCAAUGUUGCUAGGAUUGUGCAACUUACAUCCUUUGCAAUAAAAUUACUGAAAUCAUGCAAAAAAUUAAAUUUACGGAGGUAAUUUUCGUAUUGAAUUCAUAGUUUAUGGGAGUAAAGGUAAACCUAGCUUUAGAUGAUCAGUUUAUAUUUGCAAGGUGAAAGAAGUUGCACAAUCUUAGUGACAUUGGAAUGAUCUUGGUUCCUUUUUGCAAAAUGCAACCCACUUGUUCUUGUUGUGCCUUUAAUAAGAGGCACAGGUAUUUCUCAGCCAAGUCUGCCUACAUUGCGAAGAUUUUUGCACUCAAGUCAAGAGUUAUGUUUCGAGAAUAAGCCUUCACAAUUUGAUCUAAUAAUAAUAAUGAUCUAAAUAAACUUGUGAUUAAUAAAAUUCGAUCAAUUUGUAAUUAAAUUUGUAUUCUAUUCCUUGUAAAUUUUGGCUGCAAAUCUUUGUAAGUAACACCAAAUUGACCUUAAAA